GGGCUGGGCUGUCAGAGGCGAGGAGGGCGUGGCCUGAGGGCCAGAUCGAGGAGGGAGUCUUCAGAUGAUUUUAGAUGGUGAGGGAGGCAAGGGCUGAAGAGUUACUGGUGGGCAGGGUAUGGGAAGCAGGUGUCGGCAUCCCUGAUGCUUCCUUCAAAAGAGGUUUGCUGUAGGAGAGAUCUUUCGCCUGUGUCUUUGGGAAGGGAGAUGGUGGUGGGGUGAGGAGUUUCCCUUCGUGCAGCCGGUGUCAUGUGCUGGUGUUGACUCUCCACUUGCCGCUCAGCUCAGGGCCACGCCCAGUGGGGCAAGGGAAAGGUCAGCCAGGCUGAUGCAGCCUCAGGGUCCCAGACAGGGGACUGCUUCCUCACCCCCACCCCUCAGGGCGAGAGGGCGAGCUGCUGUCCAGCUGAGGGCCUCCAACAAGCUCUCUUUUGGGGGUUAUGUAACAGGCAGGUCUUGUUGCUGUAUGGACUAGGAGCUUGUCUGCCUGCUCAGCCUUUUCCUACAACUCCUUAAGAAUGUAUAAAAAAGUUAUUGACUUAAGUACUCAAUCAAUAUCCUUUUAAAUAUGUACACCGAGGUAGACAAUUAGAAAUGAACCUAUUCAGCAAGUUAAAUUUUUGCAAACACUUCAUGAUUGAUCUGACAUUAAUUUGCCUGUUUGUUUACAGUGUGAAGUUUUAUGUAUAGUAUCUUAUGAAAUCUUAGAAAGCGGUAAAAAUAAAGACCUCAAAUUUCAAAACCCUACUACAUUUGCACUGAAAAUAUAUACAAAACUGUUGAUCCUAUGGACAGUAACAGUUGUCACCCAGUUGAUAAGAGGCAGCACUGUUUUCUUUUUUUUUUUUUUUUUAAGAUUUUAUUUAUUUAUUUGAGAGAGAAUCAGAGAGAGAGCACAUGAGAGGGGGGAGGGUCAGAGGGAGGAGCAGACUCCCUGCGGAGCAGGGAGCCCGAUGCGGGACUCGAUCCCGGGACUCCAGGAUCAUGACCUAAGCCGAAGGCAGUCACUUAACCAACUGAGCCACCCAGGCGCCCCGGCAGCACUGUUUUCUGGAGGAGCUGAACUUACACCACCAGGCUGAGAUCACUUUGCUCCAGGAUAGGGCAGGGGUGGUGGUCCAGCUAAGUUCAUAAGAUCCUUCCAUGGUACCCAUUUCUCAUGGUCUCCUUCUUACCAUAGGGUCCCACAGAGGUGGCAGAAAUGCUUAUGGACCCGGUGCAGUGACCGAUGGGAAUGAGGCGAGAGCAGGCCACAGUGCCACCAGCCACUGGUGACUCUUCCACAUUGGGAAGUCAGGGAGGAGGACGAGCAGGGAUGGAUGUGUGCAGGAAGGACCGAAGGGCCUGGUGAGAGAAGUGUAUCAGAUACUUGCACCCACAGGAUUUUAAUUUAUGGAGAUGGAGCCAUGUGGUCUUUGAGGAUGUGGCCAUAUAUUUCUCCCAGGAAGAGUGGGGCCUCCUCGAUGAAGCUCAGCGAUUUCUGUACCAUGCUGUGAUGUUGGAGAACUUUGCGCUUCUGUCCUCCCUGGGUUGCUGGCAUGGAGCCCAGGAUGAGGAGGCCCCUUCAGAGCAAGAUGUUUCUGUAGGAGGGUCACAGGUCAGGACUCCGAAGCCUGGCCCGUCCAUCCAGAAGUCCCAGCCCUGGGAGACGUGCGGCCCAGUCUGGAAAGACAUUUUGCGCUCGGCUGAGCAUGAUGGAACGCACCCUGAUCAAGAGCUGUCCAUUUGUGGGGCAAACCUGCACCAGCACCAAGAGGAUCAGAUUGGAGACCGCUUUUCCAGAAGGGAUGAGGGGAGUCCUUCCUUUGCUGUGAGCGACAGUGUUCACAUGGCGGAGAGUAGCUUCACAUGCAGCAGAGGUGGGAGGGACUUCCCAGCCAGUGCCGGCUUUCUGCGGCACCCGGCCCCUCACGGUGCUUUGAAGCCACACAGGGACACUGGGCGGGGGGGGGCCUGUGAGGCUGGACAGAAGGCUUACAGGUGCACUCAGUGUGGGAAAGCCUUCAGCCAGAACCAGGUACUUGUGGAGCACCAGAAAAUUCACACUGGAGUAAGACCCUACGAAUGCAGCAAAUGUAGGAUGGCCUUCAUUAAGAAGUUUCACCUUGUCCAGCACCAGAAAAUUCACACUGGAGAAAGGCCUUUUAAGUGCAAUGAAUGUGGGAAAUUCUUUAGGUACAACUCCACACUCACUAGUCACCAGAGGGUUCACACUGGAUUAAGCCUUUAUGAGUGUAGCAAAUGUGGGGAGUUCUUUAAGUACAAUGCCAACUUCAUGAAACAUCAGAGAAUCCACAAUGGGGAAAGGCCUUAUGAAUGCAGAGAAUGUGGAAAAUUCUUUAGGUACAACUAUCGCCUGAUACGACACGAGAGAGUUCAUACUGGGGAGAGGCCUUAUGAAUGCAGCGAAUGUGGGAAAUUUUUCAGGUACAGCUCCACAUUCAUUAGACAUCAGAGAGUUCACACUGCAGAGAAGCCUUAUGAGUGCAAUGAAUGUGGAAAAUUCUUUAGGUACAAUUCCACACUCAUUAAACAUCAGAGAGUUCACACUGGAGAAAGGCCUUAUGAGUGCAGUGAAUGUGGGAAAUUCUUUAGGUACACCUCUACACUUAUUAGACAUCAAAGAGUUCACACUGGAGAAAGACCUUAUGAGUGCAGCUUAUGUGGGGAAUUCUUUAGGUACAAGUCGAAGCUCAUUAAACAUUGGCAGAAUCACACUGGAGAGAGGCCUUAUGAGUGCAGCGAAUGUGGGAAAUCCUUUAGGUACCACUGUAGACUCAUUAGACAUAAGAGAGUUCACACUGGAGAAAGGCCUUAUGAGUGCAGUGUCUGUGGGAAAUUCUUUCGGUAUAACUCCAACCUUAUUAAACAUUGGAGAAAUCACACUGGAGAGAGGCCUUAUGAGUGCAGCGAAUGUGGGAAAGCCUUUAGCCACAAACAUAUACUUGUUGAGCAUCAGAAAAUCCACACUGGAGAAAGGCCCUAUGAGUGCAGCAAAUGUCAGAAGGCCUUCAUUAGAAAGUCCCACCUCGUUCAUCACCAGAAAAUCCACAAUGAAAACAGGUCUAUGAGCACCAUAAAUGUGGGGAAAUCUUGAGAUACAACUCCAAGCCAUUGACCAGAGAAUUACACUGGCAAAGAAACUUAAGAGUGCAGAGAAUAUGGUGAAGCCUUUAGGUACCACUCUAAGCUCAUUACACUGGAGAAGCACCUUAUGAGAAGGGAAUGUGCAAAAUUGUUUUGGGACAGCUCGCCAUUCAUUAGACAUCAAGAGGUCACCAGAGGAAGGCCUUCUGAGUGCAGUCAAUGUGAGGUGUUAGGUGCAACUCCAGCCCCAUUACACAUCAGAGAAUUCACGAUGGAAAAAGACCUUACUUGUGCAACAAAUACGGGCAUUUGUUCAUCUAAAACUCUAACCUUGUUCAGUACCAAAAAGUUCACACCACGCCAGAGAGUAUUGUAGAGGGGGAAAGACUUCAGCCAAAUAUCUGCUCUUACUUGUUGCUGGGAACUACUGUAAUAUAUAUUUUACAGUUAUGUUGUGGCAAAGUACCCUGUCUUUGAAUUGUACAGUUUAGUAGUUUAAAAAAUUCACAUAUUUAUGAAACUAAUUUCCAGAAUUCCUUUCAUCUGGCAAAACUGAAACUGUACCCAUGGAACAGCUCCUCCUACCCGCUCCCUGCCACACCUGGCUACUGUGGUUUUAUACCCCACCUCUAUGAAUUCGGCUACUCUGGGUACUAUACGUGAGUGGAAUCAUACAGUAUUUGUCUUUUUGUGACGGGCUUGUUUUGCUUAGCAUGAUUUCUCCAUUUGUCAGCAUUUUCUUCUCUGAGCAUUUCCUUCUGUUUUGAGAAGGAAUCAGAGUUGACAUACCUAAGAUAGAGGGAAGGGUGUUGAUGGAGUCAAUACAGAUUUGCCAGGUGUUAUAUUAUUUCUAGAGGAAGAGGAGAUCCAGAUUUUAUAUGGAGUCUUUAUUUCUUAACAGCUUUAUUGAGGUAUUGACAUAAACUGCAUUUAUUAAAAGUGUAAAAUAUAUUUUCAUAUAUGUGUGCACAAUGGGAGCAUCACCAGAGUCUUGAUAAUGAGUAAUCCAUAGGCCCUGUAGUUUCCAUUAGCACCUUUUCAUAUUCUCUCUCUCCCAGCCCUACCCAACUUGCCAUCCCCAGGUGGACACUCUAGUUUGCAUUUUCUAGAAUUUCAUAUAAAGGGAAUCCUACAGUUACUGUUGUAUAGCUGUUUACACCGAGUGCAUAUAUGUAUUUUUAGUAUUAUCCAUGUGUGUGCAGAAGCAUGGCAUCAAAUAACAAGGCUCUGUGUUACGUGUUAGAGCUGCAUUGUCUAUAAACAACAAAGGUGCUAAUCACGGAGCGAAAGAGUUGUUUAGAAUGGGAAAGUGAAGUUUAAAUAAAGUAAAUUUAAGUUCAGUUUCA